AAAAGCGGUAACAUUCCCGCUCAAUCCAAACACACUGGACCUGUCUCACAACACACACAUCCCACGGAGAACCCACCUUACACUCUUGUCAAAUCAGGGUUUGGGUGGUUCUGCUAGCUAAUCAAAGGAGCUGUGUCAUGGCUGCCAAGAAUCUCACAUCUCUCUUACUGCUUUUAAUUUGGUUUUGUGUUUUACUUGUUUUGAUUUUUUUUGUUUCUAGCCACUGAUUUCUUUCUUUUUUCUUUCAAAUAUACAAGUGAUUAGGGCUCUUAAUUUGCGCUUUUGGCAGGGACUUGAAAAUAGGGCUUUUAGCGGGGCCAUGAACUAGGCUUUGAGCUAGAAAUUCAUCAAAGGCAAAAUGUCUCAGCGAGCGGUGCUCGCCCUAACUCACACGGGUCUUUCCACUAUGGUCAAAUACCAGUGACUGAUACAAUUGUCUUAAAAAGUGUUCCCCUGGUAAUGAUUGAUGGGAAACACAGAGCUACACUAAAUGGUAUUUCAUUCAUCAAUCCUGAUACACCCAUCAGGCUUGCAGACAAGUACAAUAUUAAGGGGGAUUAUAAGCUCGACUUCCCCAGUAGACCACUCAACGGACCACUUCGAUCGGAAAGCUCUGUCAUCAACGCUACAUACAAAAGAUUUAUAGAAAUUUUAUUGCAGAACAAUGGUAUAGUAGUUCAGAGCUUUAACAUGGAAGGCUAUUCCUUUUUUGUAGUUGGGAUGGCUUAUGGAGAAUGGACUGAAAAUAAUCGGGGCUCCUAUAAUAAGUGGGAUGCUAUAGCUCGCUCCACCCCACAGGUACUUCCCGGAGGAUGGACAACAAUUCUAGUAUCCCUAGACAAUUAUGGAGUAUGGAACCUUAGAGCUGAGAACCUGGACAGAUGGUAUUUAGGGCAAGAGACAUAUAUGAGAGUUUUUAAUCACGAAGCUGAUCCAAGCAACAAAACAGAAUUCCCUGUCCCUGAUAAUGCUCUCUUCUCUGAUGCUCUUUCACGAUUGCAGAUGCCACAGAAGUCCUCAACAUUAAUCAUCAAUGACAGGUCAAAUUCGAAUUAUCAGCUGCUUCUGGUGACAUUAUCUGCUUUCAUAUUCAUGUGGUUAUGAUCUUCAUCAUAUUGGCGAGGCAUUGGGCAGUUUUUACCGGUUUUUGAAGGACAAAUUAUUAACCAAGUAGUUUUAUGCUUCGGUAUAUUAUGAUUAUGUACGUAGUUAUAUACAUUAUGAAUAUUCGAUAGAUUUGACUCAUAUAUUAUGAUCAAUUUAAGCUUUAUGAUAAUUUGUUUAUUUUUGAUAUCGAUGGCUUUAUUAAUGAAGUAGUUCAGUUCUUACA